AUGCCGAAGCCUCGUCGCGAGUCCACGGCGAGGGCCGAUACACGCCCAGCUUUUAAUCGACCACCAGGGGCAAGAGUUGCCCCUGUCCCUACACCACAAGAUGAACCACGAACACCGAAAAGAACACCGAAGGAGAAGGCAAAAUCAUCUCCCGCACCGUCGCCUUCGCCGGAGAAGAAACCUCGUCGUGCCAGUGACCGACACAGAAGUGCGAAUGGAGUAAAUCAUAUGCCAAAGAAAGAGAGGGAUAGGGGAAGAGACAGAGCAAAGUACAGUUCUGGCACGUCGACCAAUAGCGCGAGCCAAUUACUGAGCAGCGAUGCCCUGGCCAAGCUGAAUGCGUAUAAUGACAGAGCUGAUCUGCAGGGGAAGAAUGAAGAGCGGAAACGGAAACAGAAGCAAUACAAAAAUCUCAAGGGCGCGGAGGUCUCGCAUCGGCGGACGAGGAAGAAGAAUCGCAAUGUCAGUGGCGCGAUAUUGGAAGAAGGAAGAGCUGGAGAAAAACAUAAACGGGCAUAUCGAAGAGGAGGGGGAGGGGGAAGAGGUGUGUAUGAAAAAGACCAUGACAUCCACAAACGACUGGGCGAGAGAAGAGAUGGAAAGUCCAGGAAGAAACUAUGGUGGCUCUUGAUUCUGAUUGUGGUGUUACUGGCCAUCUUCAUCCCUGUGGGAGUGGUCGUUAGUAACAACAGCAAGAGCUCUAGUGGAGGUUCUUCGUCACCUUCUUCGGGGUCUUCUACAACGGACGACUCGUCCUCAGAUUUUUCGAACCAGUGUGAUUCGAGUUCAGUUCCGGAGAGCGCCAAAGGGACAUAUACGGACAUUUCGACUUGGCUGGACACCACUGAUUUCAAUUGUACAUACACGGCAGAAACAGUGGGUGGGCUGUCGGUCAUGGGUCUUUACUCAAGUUGGGAUGAUUCCACAAAGGCCAACGAUAAUGUUCCGGCUCUGGAUGAAAAAUGGGAAUAUGGGAAGAUGCCAAUCCGAGGCGUCAAUAUCGGGGGAUGGCUCUCGUUAGAACCGUUCAUUACGCCUUCCAUGUUCGACUAUCCUGCCUCGGACAACGUCGUGGAUGAAUGGACUUUGACACAGAAACUCGGAUCAUCCGCACAACGAGUCCUCGAAACUCAUUAUGCCGCUUUCAUCACCAAGCAAAGCUUCAUCGAUAUCAGAAACGCCGGUUUGGACCACGUCAGAAUCCCUUUCCCAUAUUGGGCUGUCACAACAUAUGAGGGUGAUCCCUAUGUCCCAAAGGUUGCCUGGCGAUAUCUGCUACGAGCCAUCGAGUAUUGCAGAGAAAACGGAUUGAGAGUGAAUCUGGACUUGCAUUCCGUACCGGGAAGUCAAAAUGGAUGGGCUCACAGUGGUCGCCAGGGCGAUAUUGGGUGGAUUCUUGGAGCGAACGGCGCAACGAACGCUCAGAGGUCGUUGGACAUUCACGACCAGCUCUCUCAAUUCUUCGCUCAGGCCCGAUAUAAAAACGUCGUCACGAUUUAUGGCCUCGUCAAUGAGCCAAAGAUGUUGGUCAUCCCACAUCAAUCCGUGCUCGAUUGGAAUAAACAGGCCAUUUCGAUAAUUCGCGGCCACGGCAUUGAUCAGCAAAUAGUCUUUGGAGACGGCUUCCUCAGUCUGGACAGUUGGGACGAUAUGUUUCAUGGUGUCGACGACAAAUUGGUCAUGGACACGCACCAAUAUCAAAUCUUCAACACCGGUCAACUCAAGCUGAAGCAUCAAGAUAAAAUCAAUCUGGCUUGUUCGGGCUGGACCGGCUUGAUGGUCGCCGCUAACAAUCCAGAGACGGGAUGGGGUCCCACGCUUGAUGGUGAAUGGUCACAAGCCGACACUGACUGUACCCCAAACCUGAACAACGUCGGUGCUGGGUCUCGGUGGGCUGGAACUCUUGAUACAGGAAACCCAGGAACUUCUGUCUUGACACCGACGUGUGCUGAGCCUCCGUGUUCCUGCGCCCAAGCCAAUGCUGACCCAAGCCAGUAUACCGAUGCUUACAAGCAGUUCUUGCAAAUGUAUGCCGAGGCACAAAUGCACAGCUUCGAGCAAGCUUGGGGCUGGUUCUACUGGACCUGGAAGACCGAGAGCGCCACGCAAUGGAGUUGGAUGCUCGGUUUGAAGGCUGGCAUCUUGCCGGAGAAGGCUUAUUCUCCGUCCUUCAAAUGUGAUUCGGAUGUUCCUGACUUUAGCGACCUUCCUGAUAGCUACUGA